AUGACACAAUUACCAUAUGCUAUCGAUGCCGAAACCCCUCUGAGCCCAUCAGAGCUCGGAGUGCUCAGGGCACAGUAUGAGAAGGAGGGCGAGAUGGUGGGAGUGCAAACAAAGUUCAACUAUGCCUGGGGCCUUGUCAAGUCGAACGUACGCUCUGAGCAACACCUCGGCGUGAUGCUCCUCUCAGAAAUCUUCCGAACGUCCCCAGAACGCCGUCGCGAGUGCCUCUACUAUCUCGCUCUCGGAAACUACAAGCUCGGCAACUACGGCGAGGCGCGAAGAUACAACGACCUCCUUAUCGAAAAGGAACCUGCCAACCUUCAAGCUUCGAAUUUGCGCACGUUGAUCGACGACAAGGUGGCCAAGGAAGGGUUGAUGGGCGUGGCCAUCGUGAGCGGGGUGGCAGUUGCCGCGGGUAUUAUUGGAGGUGUGCUGCUCAGAAACCUGGGGAGGAAGAGAUAA